CCGAGGCGCUUCAAGCGGAGGAGAGCAGGACUCGACGCUGAGUAAGCCGGUGCAGCCGCGGCGCUCCGAGGGAUCCGAAACGCUGACCAGAAGCCGCCACCGCCGCCACCAUGCCUCCCCUGAAGGUCUGCAUCAUCGGGUCCGGCAACUGGGGAUCUGCCAUUGCAAAAAUCAUAGGCCAAAAUACCAAAACAUCCAACCAGUUUGACCCUGUUGUGAAGAUGUGGGUAUUUGAGGAACUAAUCAAUGGUCGAAAACUCACUGAGAUCAUUAACCAAGAACAUGAAAAUGUGAAAUAUCUCCCAGGGCAUAAAUUACCUCCAAAUGUGGUUGCUGUACCAGAAGUAGGAGCAGCAGCAGAGGGAGCAGAUAUUUUAAUAUUUGUUGUACCUCAUCAGUUUAUUCCCAAAAUUUGUGAGCAGCUUACUGGUCAUAUAAAAGCAGGAGCAAUUGGGAUUUCACUCAUCAAGGGUAUAGACGAUAGCCCUGAAGGACUGAAACUCAUAUCAGACAUCAUCCGAGAGAAACUGAAGAUAGAAAUGAGUGUGCUCAUGGGAGCCAACAUUGCCAAUGAAGUGGCAGAUGAAAUGUUCUGUGAAACAACAAUUGGUUCUAAAAAUGCUAAAAAUGGGAAGAUCCUCAAAGAAUUAAUGCAGACCUCAAAUUUCAGAGUUACUGUGGUGGAUGACUGUGACACUGUGGAACUCUGUGGAGCCUUAAAGAACAUCGUGGCAGUUGGAGCUGGUUUUUGUGAUGGGCUGGGCUUUGGUGACAAUACCAAGGCAGCUGUGAUUCGCCUGGGCCUGAUGGAGAUGAUUGCCUUUGCUAAAAUCUUCUGCAAGGGCACUGUGUCGAUAAAUACAUUUCUGGAAAGCUGCGGGGUUGCAGAUCUGAUUACCACAUGCUACGGGGGACGUAACAGGAAGGUGGCUGAAGCUUUUGCACAUGGUGGAAAAACAAUUGAACAGUUGGAAAAAGAAAUGUUGAAUGGACAGAAACUACAAGGACCUCAAACAUCAGCUGAAGUCUAUAAGAUUCUGAAGCAGAAGAAUAUGGUUGACAAGUUUCCACUAUUCGCAAGUAUCUACCUAAUCUGCUACCAAGGAAAGUCAGUCAAAGAGUUCAUCACCUGCCUGCAAAAUCAUCCGGAACACUUAUAAGAUGCUAUGCUGCAACUUACCAGUACAGUCUCUGUCAACUCAAGAUUUGUCAACCUGACAAAGGAGAAUAAGGCAAGCAAGCAAGGUUUCUGUCAACUUGACAAUGGAGAAUAAAAGCAAGCAAACUACAUGCAAAAAAAAA